AUGGUCACGCCCAAAACAGCAAAGAUAGACGAGGAGCAAAAAGAAGUCAUGGCGAAAAAUGAAACAGAGCAGGUAGAUGUCGUGGUAGUUGGCACUGGGUGGAACGGCCUGAUUUGUGGAAAGACGUAUUUGGACUUCGAACCAGAGGCCAACCUGAUAUUCUUAGACCAAGGCGACUCAAUCGGUGGGGUGUGGAGUGAAGAGAACAUCUACCCGACCUUGUAUGCACAAAUUCGCUAUGGCCAGUUCGAAUACUCCUUCUAUCCAAUGCGCCGCGAGGGGAUCACAGCAGACGGAUACAUAUCCGGCGGCACAAUUAACAAGUACCUCAACGACUUUGCCGAGACUUAUGGCCUGGCGCGGAGGACUCGCCUGCGCACAAAGGUAGACCAAGUCGGCCGUAUUGCGAGUCCGGGCUCAGGCGCAGCGGAGGAGGCAAAAUACGUUUGGAGACUCAGUAUUGAGGGCGGCCACGCCAUCGAGUGCAAGAAGCUCAUCUACGCCUCGGGGGCAACAUCGCACCCCGUGGUCCCCUCCUGGCCCAGCUCGGCCGGCUUCAAUGCGCCAAUCAUCCACUCGGCUGACACGGGGAAGCACCUCGACUUGAUCCGCUCUAUCAAGCACGCCACUGUAGUGGGCGCGGCUAAAUCAGCGUACGACACUGUCUUCCUGCUUCUCGAUGCCGGUGUCAAAGUCGACUGGAUUAUCCGCGAGGACGACCGCGGCUCAGGGCCUCUGGCCAUCAUGCCGCCCACCAUACUUGGCCUAGUUAACACGAUGGACUUCGUGGCGACCCGGAUGGUCAGUGUCCUGGGCGCAAGUAUCAUGGCAGCCGAUGGUGUGGGCUACCAGUUCUUCCACAAGACUCUUCUGGGUGACGCCUUGCGGAGGGCGUUUUGGAAAACCGUCAACAUCAUUGCAGAGCACCAUGCGGGUUACUCCUGGAAUGCAAACGCCAAGAAGCUGCGGCCGCUUCCGCAUGGGAAUGGCAUUUUCUGGGCCAGCUCAGGCCUCGGUGCCGCCAGCGUGCCCAACUACUGGAAGACGUUCCACUCGGGCAGCUGCACCGUCCACCGUACCGAGAUCGAGCAUCUGGGGGGCGGCAACACGAUCCGCCUGCGGAGCGGCGACGAAGUCACAACCGACUGCUUGCUUCUCUGCACCGGCUUCGACAAGUCAUACCAGCCCUUCAGGCCCGAGCUGCAACGCCAGUGCGGCCUCGCGCCCGACCCGGACCCGCUUGAGGCCGCCAGGUGGGCAAAGCUGGACGUGGCCGCCGAGAAGACGGUCGACGAGGUGUUCCCGGUGCUGCGCAGGCCCCCUCAAUCCCUGCUUCCCACUGCCUCUGACAGCAGCAUCAGAUACGGACGGGGAGGACAGACGAAGGGCAAGGACGACAGCAGGACGCUGCUGCACCAUGGGCCAAACCGGCACUACCGGCGGCUCAUCUCGCCCAGCCUCGCGAGCCAGGGCGACCGGUCCGUCAUCUUCCCCGGCUUCAUCCACUCCAUAUACACGCCCUUGGUCUCAGAGGUACAGGCACUGUGGGGUGUCGCCUUCCUGCUCGACAUGCUCGAGCUUCCGACCCGCGGCGCCAUGGAGGACGAGGUCGCGCUGUGGAACGCCUGGUCGCGCAAGCGAUAUCCCACCCAGGGCAGAAAACAUGCCUAUUCGAUUUAUGACUUCCUAUCUUACAUCGACGUCCUGCUCAAGGAUCUAGGCAUCAACACCCGGCGCAGGCUCAACCCGCUCGCCCACCUGUUCGUGCCCGCGAGGCCACGCGACUUCCGCGGCCUGCUCGAAGAGUUCCGGCGAAUGCAGGCGGGACGACUUGGUAAGAAUGGGUUCAAAAUCAAGCUGCUGCACGGUGGUGGACCCGGAGGCGGAGGAGGGCAGCACCGGACUGCUGACGUUGUGGUUGCUAAGGCCACCAGUCUGCUGGGUAUCGCGCUAAUAGCCUGGCUUGCUUACUUCUGUUUAACUUGGUCUUCAAGGGUGCUUCUCCGAUGA